CGAUACAAUAAGUUGAAAUUAACGGGAAAACCUUCCGGUUGUUUAAAUUUAUUUUCGUAUUCGGGCCGCCAACUUUGUGUUUGUAAUAUUUACACACGCGUCUUGUCGUUCUAAUCGUGUCUCGUUACCUGUUAAAGUGGAAUUGUGAAGUAGCCACUAGCCAGCCCAGUUAGCCCCUUUAAAGGCGAGAUAGUAACAACGGAAUGGCGGCGGUGAGGAGAGAGAAUGACAUAGAAGAGUAUCUGGGCCAGAACCCGCAGGUUGCCCAGUGGAUCGACACUUUCAGGGGUUAUUGUGAGAGCAGUAAACAGUGGCGUGCUCGGAGAGAGUUCAUCCUGAGAAACAUGGAGGCAUGCCCUGCAGUGAUAGUACCAGGCGUCUCCGACACCAAUGUGGACAGGCUGCUGUCCCUGUCUAUGGUCUGGGCCAACCAUGUGUUCCUGGGCUGCAGCUAUCCGCAGGCCGUCAUGGACAAGAUUAAAGGAAUGGGGGAUGGAAUCGUUGUUGGAGACCCCCCGGUUCAUAAAACAAGAAACGAAGUCAUGGCCAAAGGAAAAUGGAGUUCUCCAUCAGGUGGCGGCGAGGACGGCUGCGCAAAACGACCCCGAUACGGCCCUAACGAGGCCGAGAGUCGACCCGCCGGGAGAGCGUCCACGCGUCCCACGAGUCAGAAAACCGGCCCUCUCCCCCAGGCUCCGGCGGAGCACCAGCCGUUCUUCAACCGCCUCUACAAGGCCGUGGCGUGGAAGUUAGUCUCGGCGGGGGGUUUCGGUCCCAACCUGGACCACUUUGAAAUACUCCGAAGCUGCGUGGAGUCGUGCAAGCAGACGCUGACCUGCGUCUUUGUGCCGCUGAAGGACAUCACCGGACUCCCCGCCGGUCGCACGCAGAAGGAAGGCCACGUGUGCGAAAUCCGUUGCCAGUCCGUGUACAUGGGGACGGGCUACGGGCGCGACGAGGCCGCUGCCCGUUCCAUGGCUUCCAAGGAAGCGCUCAAAGUGUUCCAGGGAAGAAAAGUGACGGUAAAGAUAGCCAGGCGGAGGUACAAAGGGAAGGAUGUGGAGGAUUUAAUGCUGCUGGACGAGCAGCCUCGGAAUCAGGGCUUCCCCCCCGCACUCACGUACCCUUUCCAGGAGGACCACACUGGGGACGCUUUCUUCUAAACUGGAAACACUGGUCUUGUUGGACGUGCUUGUUAGCUUCUACUGAAUGCGGCGGCUCGGGAAUCAUAGAGUACAUGAUCGCAUUUUUAGUUGUGUGCACUUUUUUUUUUUCCCAUUCCCUGAGAAUUCCCGAAUGUUUUUGAUCCCAAAUUAACAUUCGCUCUCUUUAAGUUACCAGGGAAACAAAGACUCUUUGACCAAUACAUGAGGUCGUGCUGUAACUGGAUUCUGUUGACCAAACCAUAAACAGGCUUCUCACUAGCCCGCGGUGUGUUCACGGUCCUGUAAAAAUCCCAGUUAUUUUCUUUAUUUAAUCAAUAUUUGAUUUAUUUUAUUUAAAAAAAAAUACUUAAAAAAAAAACAAAACAUCAGGGCAGUGAAGUCUUGAAAUUGCCAAGCUUAUAUUAAGUGUGUUGUCGUGGCAACAAUACAAACUUUUUCCCAGGGCGGGUUACCUUGAAACAACGACAUAAAAACAAAUAGGAUUAAUACUUUCUACGGAGUCAUUGUUGCUAUAUUGAUGCUUCAACUGGCAUAGCAUAGCAUAGCAUAGCAUAGCAUACAUGCAAGUUUUUUUUCUACUACACGGUAUAGUGAUGUCAUUAUACUGUAAUACUGCAAAGAGUUUGCGUCGCUUCGGAUUAGACCAGCCAUGGAAAGCUUUGAUUAGAUGUCACGGCGGAUGAGAUCACUCAUUAUUAUUAUUUUUUUUAAAUUUUUUUGGACUGAGUCGAGUUCCCGUUUGAGCCAUUUAAGUAAGAUUUGUUGAGAAAAAUAAGUUGUCUGAGUUGAAGUUAAACAGGGUUGUAUUAAAAACAUGAAUAUUCUCACUCUUCUUUGUGACUGUAAGUUGACAGCAGUGGUUUGUAUGUUUUCUUUUUGAAUUAAAAAAAAAAAAAAACUUUUUUCUUCUUCGUCCAAGUUCAGUUCUGGUCAGAUUUCAGUGAUAAUGAACGAGAAAAAAAAAGCACAUAAUCUAAAAACACAAAAAAGGUAGCACAAACCCACACUCUAAAAAGUAAUUCAGAGUAUCUGUUGACACCACUUGAUUUAAUACAUUAAUGCAAUGUAAAAAAUGUAAUUAAUUGAUUUAGAUAAACUUUCUA